UAAGUCUUCCUGGUCCAAAACACGAGUCGACCAUAGCAACCGGCCCCACCAUCGGUUUCAGAACAUCCCAGUGAGUAUAGAACACGAUCUGACUCUUCAUCUCUGAGCUGGUGAUCGAUCCCAUGGAUCAGAUGACACCAUGAGCACAGCACCAAGGACAAAAGCUACUUUUAUCCAAGGAAACCACCAGAGUACAGUAGAACAAGAGACCCCCCAAUCUGCACUCUUCUACCUUUUCCAAGAGGUGUCGAGGCUGGCAUCUCCCGUCCACAGCAGCUUCCUGGACACUAAUUCAUCCUCCAAAUGGCUUGGUGAGACGUCCAACCAGGAUACGUUCAUCGCUAAAAGGGAGGAAGAGGAUGCACAUUUAUUUCAAACUUUCAAUACUUCCUGUCAGCGCAGUGUGUCUGGUGUGUUGCCUUGUGAACGGGUAAACAUAAUGAAGGAGGAAAGUCACAGCAGCAUGGCAUCACCAUUGACUGAGCCACAUCUGGAAUUUAACAGUCCCUGGAAAGUGCUAAGUCUCAUCAACCUGCAGUGUGAGAGGCUCAUGUAUCGGAGCGACGCAGCGGAGUCGGGCCCGAGUUUAGUGUCACCAACAGCCAAGUCAUCAAGUGCUGCAGGAGGUGCUGAAGAACAGGGGGUUGUUUUUGGAAGUAACGCUGUUGACAACACAUUAAGACCAUCUCUUUUUAUCUGUAAGAGACAAGAAAUCUCAGCCUCUGUCAGUCAUGUGGGAGACAUGAGAGGAGACUGGAGUAGAGGAGCUAGUCAUCAUAAACCACAGUGGUUUGUGACAGAGUGUGAGGUAGGUUGUCUUGUUCAACCACAGCCUGGUGAAAAAACGACAGACACUGUUAUGCCAGAGCUGGUGAAGGAAGAUGCAACAGCAUCCUGUCGCCCUCAGCACAGAGACAAAAGAGAGGCCCUGUUCAGUGGGAACACACAAUCGACAUGGAACCAGGAGUGUAAGAAGCAGUGUAUCUCCACUGAAUUUUUAAAUAUACCCUUCUCUGAACGUGCUUUGUCACAAUCACACAUGCCCAGUGAAGCUAUGAGUGUAGAUCUGUCAAAGACAGCACCAACACUAGACUGCAAUGCUAAUGUUGUAGUGAUCACACAUUCCCAACGUGACACCCAGUCGUCACCUCGGAGCGCUGUCCUGCCUUCUUCACAGUCACCAUCAUGCAGUACAGAGCGUUGUCACCCAUUUUCACAAACAGAAAAGGAACUCACACAGUUUAAGCCAAUCAUUUCCACCGAGGAGAAGUCUUCUCCAACUGAACUGAAAUCCACAAGCUAUAAUGUGGCGUCUACCAAUUUGCAACCAGAACUCUGGCCAUUGGAAAAGGAGGAGAUAGCGCCUCAACCUUCCCAGAAGUGGAGAACCAAAACUCCAAGAAAACAACCUCAUCCCAGUCGAAGUGUUGACAUCCAAGACCCAGACAUCCGGGGUGUGACGUUCAGGAUGGGCCCAGAGCUGGACGACAGCAGGGAACAUUGUCGACUCCUCAUAACUUCAAAGUACAGCAAGGAGCUCUUCAAGAAUGCAAGAAAGCGUCGGCUGAGAACACGAGCGUUCCAGAAAACCUUUAAAACUAGCAGCUCCGAUGAGGAGAGUGACCCGACAGUCACAGUGUCCAAGGGUAAAGUCUGUGCAUCUUGCUGCACCAGGAAGACUCCCAUGUGGAGAGAUGCAGAGGAUGGGACCCCGCUCUGUAAUGCUUGUGGGAUAAGGUAUAAGAAGUACAGAGUACGCUGUGUCAACUGCUGGCAUAUCCCCAGGAAAGACGGUAACUCCAACUCCUGCUGCCUCAAGUGUGGAAACUUGGUGAGGCUGACCUCAGCUCAGCGGAAAACACACCACAUAGGGAACAAACACUGAGCAAAGAGGUUUUUUAAAAAAUCAAAAAAAAUCCACAUGUGACACAUCUGCACAAGACUAUAUAGUCUCUGUUCCUGUUGUGUUUUUGGUGCUCUCUAGUUCACUACAAAUGUGAGGGCAAAACAUUAGCCUCUUGUAAUUUUAUUACUUGUAUUGACUCGGGUAUUUGAAUACGUUUCACUGCCGCAGUGUUUCCUCUCAGACAAACAGAAUUCAUUCACUUCAACCCUAUGUUUGCUCUAAAUGUGUCGUUUACAUACAGGUAAAUAAAAUAUGACGGACAAAAAAUAUAUGAAAGUUUGUCUGAAAACAAUCUUGCAUGUGUACGUGACGCAUCUAUUUAACUUCUGUCAUACAUAUGCGAUAACAAAGUGCGACUAUAACAACUAUGCGCAUGCGGUGGAAAGUGAAGUCGUAAUUGUUGACAGUUUUCAAGUAAACGGCCUCAGUGUUGCUCGUGUGUGAUGGCCAGCUGUGUCCGAACAGCUGUGAUAUAAAAAGUUAAAACUGCAGCUAGAGCCCAGUGCUAUGUUCACUGUUAUUAACCGCUAAAUAAUUUACUUCCCUUGACCUUGACAGCAAGGCUGCCUGCCAUGUUCCCCAGACAAAUAUUUAGUUACAGCAAGUUAAAAUUAUUUAUUUUUGUUGUUUGUUUUUCUCCAUGUUUAU